AUGGUAACGAACGUGGGUGGCCAGAGCAUGCCAUGUGUGUGCCUCCCCGAAGCCCCAGUGUGCGCCAGCGACUUCAACACAUACCCCGGGGCUUGUGUAAUGCGGUGCGCGGGGCUCUCCUUCAAAAUCAUGUUGAAAGUUAUUUUCCACGGCACCUGCGAGGACCUUUUUAGACAAUUGCUAUUCAAACAAAACGCACAACCUUCUUACAAGAGUAGACUCGUAAAACCUUAUCCGAUUAGUAAUAAAUAA